ACCGCCAGCAUGCCGGUCAGUCCGCUGAUCAUGGGCCUGCUGGGGACGGCGGGCGUCCUCGCCACCGGCGUCUGCCUCGUUUUGGCGGCUUUGUGCCGCCGACACUACUCCCGGCCGUGCCGCCGCCCCGAUAACGGCUCCAAGCACGUGCCCAUGGAGGCUGUCAUCGCCGCCGACGACCUCAUCCUCGACGGGUCCGUCACGGGCGUCCGCAGCCCCCUCACCCCCGAGCAGGCCAUGGUGGUCGAGCCGGUGAGGAACUGCAACUCGGUGGAGGGGUCCGAUCCCGACAUCAUCAGGAACCAGUACGAAAGGCGACCUACACACGGAUUCAUGAAGGUGUACGAACCCCCCGGGUCCAGAGAAGAGGACGACUUCGAGGACGACGGAGACGAGUACGAUUUCAGACACGUUGCCAAAGAACCACUCAAUCCCAGUCAGACGGUGUACAGGAGUCUGCAGAGGCCUAAUCGCAACCCCGGUAUUCCGACCAUCCCCGGAACCCAGACCCUCUCGCACAAAUACCGGGGACCCGAGGUGGUGACCACCUCAAAUCGGAUACAGGAGAGUUGCAUAUAAGUGUCAUUGUUUUUAUCAUGUACCAUAUUAAUGUAAUAUUUAAACAAAAAAAGAAAUAAAGACUUUGUU